AUGCCAGAGUCAAAGAUCAUUCCAGUCCCGACAUCGCCGGUCGCAAAGCCAGCGGCCAACUUCACGGGCGACGUUUACAUGAAGCUCAUCAAUCGUGACGAGCAAGCCGCCAUUGCCACGGUCACCUUUACUCCAUGCGCCCGAACCCAUUGGCACACCCAUGCUGGUGGGCCAAUCUGUCCGACCUUG